AUGUUUUUGAAUGCCAUUGAAUACUUCUCCCUGAAACUCACUUCAUUACCUGCUAUAACAACUUCCAAUAACUCGUACCUCACAUUUGACGUUUUGCUUUCAUGUUUCCGGCUGUUUAUCUCCGUGGAAAUCGUCUUCAGUCGCGACUCUGAGAAAAGACGAUCUAUUCCCAAUCUGGAAAUCGAACUGGCGGAACUCGACGAGCAGCAUGGCCAGUUGAGCCAAUCGGGUCCUAAAUACAUCAUUUUAUUUAUUGGCCAAGGUGGUGAUCUCACUCCGCUAGCUUUGAGGAGUGUCGUUGGUGAAAAGGAGGUUCUCUGCUCCCCCAUCGGAUCAACACCCAAUAGGGAGCUCCCGGACUCCCUCCCGGUCGUCAACCCUGAAUAUUUCUGCUCGCCAGGGUCUGGCAAUUGUUUCAUCAAGAUGGGGCUGUUUGAUUCUGUUCCACGUGUUUUGCUGGCUGCCACGGCGCUACGCUUGAUUCUGCUGGUCUAUGGUGGCUGGCAAGAUGCCAAUUCUGCGGUGAAAUACACCGAUAUCGAUUAUAUGGUGUUCACGGAUGCUUCGCGCUAUGUCGCCAAGGGUCAACCACCUUAUGCGCGCGACACUUAUCGCUACACACCCCUGCUGGCGUGGAUGCUUCUCCCGACUGCAUGGGAGGGAAGCGGACCUCUGGCUUCCGUGGCCUUUGCUUUCGGCAAGAUCCUCUUUGCUUUGGCUGAUGUUGUUGCCGGGUGGCUCGUCAUUCAGUUACUAUGUCGGUGCUACCAGUUCCCAACUGAGCGGGCGCUGCGUUACGUGUCCGCUAUUUGGCUAUGGAAUCCGAUGGUGGCCAACAUCAGUACCCGUGGAAGCUCGGAGGGUCUGCUGGGCGUCCUGGUCGCGGCUUUACUCUGGGCCACUUUGACUCGGAGGGCUGCUCUUGCCGGUGCAAUUUUAGGAUUAGCGGUCCAUUUCAAGAUUUAUCCCUUCAUCUACGGAGUUUCGAUCCUUUGGUGGUGGGAUGCCCAGCGUGACGGUGCUGCCCCUGCUAAGAGCUCCAGCCCGCUUUCAAGGGUACUCGGUUUUAUCACCUCAUCGCGUGUGAUCCUCACCGUUUCGGCGCUUAUCACUUUUGUCGUCUUGAAUGCUGUCAUGUACGUCCAGCAUGGCAUGCCAUUCUUGCAUCACACCUUCUUCCAUCACCUCACGCGGAUUGAUCACCGUCACAAUUUCUCUCCUUACAGUACACUGCUGUAUCUCGCUUCUGCGGGUGGAGCAAGCUAUCGAUUUGAAACGCUUGCUUUCCUUCCCCAGCUCCUGCUUGCGGUCGUUGCUAUCCCGUUGGUGUUGGCGAAGAGGACCCUGGCAACGGCUAUGCUUGCACAGACAUUUGCUUUUGUUACGUUUAACAAAGUCUGCACUAGCCAGUAUUUCAUCUGGUACCUUAUCCUUCUUCCAUUCUACCUACCAUCAUCGUCUCUUAUCCGCAAGCCAAGGUUGGGCAUUGCGGCAGCCAUUUUCUGGGUUCUCGGCCAGGCACUUUGGCUUUCUCAGGGGUACAAUCUGGAAUUCCUUGGCUUAUCUGCAUUUGUGCCUGGCCUCUUUCUAUCCUCACUUUUCUUCUUCGGUGUCAAUGUCUGGAUUCUUGGCAUUAUCGUCCGCGAUGGAGGUAAUGCCGAAGAUGCGGAGACUGAUCUGAAGGCAGUGCAAUGA